AAUUUCAACGAAUACAAGUCGCAAGUGCUGGCAGUGGUAAGGGAUGGGUCGGCCGGUGACCCGAAAUGUACGGAUGAGACGGCCGUUGAGGUAAACAAAAUGUUGGACGGCUUUGCCGACGACGUUUUGAACAUGAUUUGUCCUAAAGAGUACUCUUCGGACGCAGACGUGGCCGACAAAUGUCAGCCAAUCGUUGAGUUAACCCCCAAACCGGUGGCCCCUCUGAGCCCGCGGCCCAAGUCGUUGCUCAUGCCUUUGUCAAAACUGGAUCAGCCGUACAGGCAGUCAAACUUUUACGGCUUCUGUGGCCUAUUGAUGGCUAUGGCGACCGCCGGUGCCAUCGCUGAGAUAUACUAUAUGCACAAUCAGGAACACUGGAACCGAGUUCACUACAUCAGACACAAAGACGGAUCCAUUGAGAUCAUUGGCGAAGAAGACAAAGUCCUCGAUCUGAUCCGCAAAAAAGUUUAA